AUGAUUGGCGCUUCCGACUUGGGCCGCAAGAAGAGUCUGAUCCGUCCCGAACGCACAAAGGUCGACAGAGAUCAUCCGCAAUACCAUUACCGCAAGCACGCUCAGAAUAUGGCAAUCAUGCCCUCGACUACUGGUCACGACCCGUUGCUAGAAGAAGCAGACAUCGAGGCCGCCACUCUCAGUUCCGACGAUAUCGAGCUGAAGCAACUCAAUCAGAAAGGCCGUCCCACCGACCCCUCUGUAGCAAGGAACGCAAGCCGUAAACUGCACCGUAAGGCUACCCUCGACACAGCCGACGAGAAGAAGAAGAGACAAAAGCAAGCCGGUGCUAGUCCGCCUACACUCUGGGGCACUUACUGUCAUUUGAUCACUUUCUGGUGUCCCAAUCCCGUCCUCAAGUGUUUCGGCAUGCCUGAAAAGGCUCAACAACAAGCCUGGAGGGAGAAGAUGGGCCUGAUCAGCAUCAUCCUCAUGAUCGCUGCGUUCGUUGGCUUCAUCACCUUCGGUUUCACUGCCACUGUCUGCCCCGCGGGUUCUUCCUCACGCUUUCGCGUAAACAAAGUCGAUUCGGGCUAUAUGAUCUUCCACGGCAAGGCCUACGAUCUGACAAGAUCGCAACAUCCGCAGGCCAGAGGUAUAUUGCGUAACCAAAACGUCCUUUGGGAUCUGGACGAGCCAUAUGGAGGCAAGGACGGCAGCUUCAUGUUCCAAAAUGUCAAUGGAGCUUGCAAAGGCCUCAUCACUGCUGCUCCAGACUCUGAUGUCAAGACCGAUAGUGAGGGCAAUCUGGCAUGGUAUUUCCCGUGCAACGCUUUCAACCAGGAUGGGUCGAGCGAACCGAACCUGACAACCCCUUAUUAUCUUGGUUACGCCUGCCAUACUUCCAAACUUGCUCGUACAAACUUCUACGAUCUCAAAUCCGGAGGAGAUGUUUACUUCACCUGGGAUGAUAUCAAGAAUUCAAGCCGCAAUCUCAUGGUCUACGGUGGCGAUGUUCUUGAUCUCAACCUCCUCAAAUGGUUCAACGCCUCGCAAGUCUCGUACCCAUCCAGAUUCGACGACAUCCGUGAGAACGCAAACGUUCGAGGUACGGACAUGAGUCUUGCCUUCUCCUCAGGCCAGGAUAAGAAGAUCGCAAAGUGUUUCCAGGAAAUCAUCAAGGUCGGAUCCAUUGAUACUGAGACCGUUGGUUGCAUCGCCUCCAAGAUCGUUCUCUACGUCGCGCUUGUCUUUAUCCUGUCGAUCGUCGUUGCCAAGUUCGUUCUUGCUCUUGCUUUCCAGUGGUUCCUCUGCCGCAAGUAUGCCGCCGACAAAACUGCUUUCAGUGGUGACGAGAAGAAGAGAAAACAGCAGAUUGAGGAAUGGGCGGACGAUAUCUAUCGUCCGGCUCCCAAGGUUGCCGACCCUGUCACUAACAGUACCGAGCGCGCCAACAAGCGAGGCAGUUUCCUUCCCACUACCUCCAGGUUCACCAGCCCUUAUGCUAUUGAGAGGUCUAUGGCGCGUUCGCGUCCAGCAUAUACCACCAUGGCCAGUCAAAGCUCGACUGCGCGCUUGAUCCCUGGUGCAAGUGUGUAUGGUCAAGGCAACAGAAGCGAGAACACAUUGCAAGAGAGCCGUGCAAGUCUCAUGGUUCCCAACAGCAGCGAGAAAAGGUACUCUAGUGUUAUGGAGUCAGAUGGGCCUGGUCCACAUGGCUUUAUCCACGAAGCUGUCGUGCCCCAGCCUCCCCCAGAGUGGCAGCCGUUUGGAUUCCCUCUUGCACAUGCUAUUUGUCUGGUCACCGCUUACUCCGAGGGCCCUGAGGGAAUGCGUACCACUCUUGAUUCUGUCGCCACAACUGAGUAUCCAAACAGUCACAAGCUGAUCCUCGUCAUCUGCGAUGGUAUCAUCAAGGGCCAUGGCGAGACCAUGACCACUCCCGAAGUCGCCCUGAGUAUGAUGAAGGAACACACCAUCGUUCCUGAUGAAGUAAAGCCUUAUUCGUAUGUCGCUGUCGCUAGUGGUUCCAAACGACACAAUAUGGCCAAGAUUUACUCCGGCUUCUACGACUACGGCGAGGACUCUAUCAUCCCAAUGGAGAAGCAAGAACGCGUGCCCAUGGUGAUCAUCGUCAAGUGUGGCACUCCCGAGGAAGCAACUCAAUCCAAGCCUGGUAACCGUGGCAAGCGUGACAGCCAAAUCAUCCUCAUGUCCUUCUUGCAGAAAGUCAUGUUCGAUGAACGCAUGACCGAGCUUGAAUACGAAUUCUUCAAUGGUGUUUGGAAGAUUACUGGCAUCUCUCCCGACUUUUAUGAGAUUGUUCUCAUGGUUGAUGCUGAUACCAAGGUGUUCCCCGACAGUCUGACCCAUAUGAUUAGCGCUAUGGUAAAGGACCCUGAAAUCAUGGGCCUGUGUGGUGAAACAAAGAUCGCCAACAAGAGGGCCAGCUGGGUGUCUAUGAUCCAAGUAUUCGAAUAUUUCAUCUCACAUCAUCAGUCAAAGUCCUUCGAAUCCGUUUUUGGUGGUGUCACCUGCCUUCCCGGAUGUUUCUGCAUGUACAGAAUCAAGGCACCAAAGGGCGAUCAAAAUUACUGGGUGCCAAUCUUGGCCAAUCCCGACAUCGUGGAGCAUUAUUCCGAAAACGUCGUCGAUACCUUGCACAAGAAAAACUUGCUCCUUCUUGGUGAAGAUCGUUAUCUCUCGACUCUGAUGUUGAGAACCUUCCCCAAGCGAAAGCAGGUCUUCGUUCCGCAGGCUGUCUGCAAAACGACCGUACCCGAUGAGUUCAAGGUCCUUCUCUCUCAAAGGAGAAGAUGGAUCAACAGUACAGUCCACAAUCUUAUGGAGCUGGUUCUGGUUCGUGAUUUGUGUGGCACUUUCUGCUUCAGCAUGCAGUUUGUUGUAUUCGUCGAACUGGUUGGUACACUCGUGCUUCCGGCUGCCAUUGCUUUCACCUUCUACGCUGCUAUUGAACACACAACUAUUCCUGUCAUGUCCUUGGUGCUCUUGGCACUAAUUCUUGGUCUCCCUGGUGUCCUCAUCAUCUUGACCGCGCAUCGCAUCUCCUACGUUGCUUGGAUGCUCAUCUAUCUCCUCUCACUCCCAGUCUGGAACUUCAUCCUCCCAACUUACGCUUAUUGGAAGUUUGACGACUUCUCUUGGGGUGACACUCGCAAGACGGCUGGGGAACAGACCAAGGGAGGUCAUGACGAUGCCGAGGGUGAAUUUGACAGCAGUAAGAUCACCAUGAAGAGAUGGGCCGAUUUCGAACACGAGCGACGCAUGAAGAUUGGUGGCACCAAUUACACUUCGUCGUCAGCACAGGGAUCAUAUCCAUACGAGUCCGGUUACGAAUAUUGA